AGUCUUGUGGGCACCAUUGAUCAGGAGCCGGCUUUACUCGUACUGGAAAGAGCCCCCUUUCCUACCUCCGAGGACUACCUAGCCAGCAUCUCGUCGUCACUCGCCCAACUCAGAAAUCUCGGCGCAAACGACAUUUAUCACUGGUACAUGGCACAGAGUGGCGGGAGCAGGGACAGGAAGGACGAUGAAUUCCACGCAGAUCUCAAGAUCAACCUAAUCUGCCCUUGCACCGACAAGCACGUCAAAAAGUACAGCAAGCAGGGGGUCCGCUUCGUAACCGAGACGCCGUCUAUCUACAAAGACCAUGUUCGGCCGCUGAUGCAGACCAACCGCGACCAGGGUCGACUGAACUGGGUAUUCAAUAUCCUCGACGGGAAGACUGAGGUUGAAGACGUGAUCUUCCGAACCAAACCAUGGGACGUACCUGGACAGGCUGAGGACGACAAGGAAGGGUUUCUGCUGUUGCCCGAUCUGAACUGGGACCGUAAGACCUUGGAUGCGCUGCAUCUUCUUGCCUUGGUGGAGAGACGAGAUCUGUGGUCGUUGCGUGACCUGCGGAAGAAGCAUAUAGCGUGGCUGAAGAAGAUGAAGGAGCAUCUGCUCGACGCCGCGACAGAGACGUAUCCGAGCAUUGAGCGAGACCAGAUCAAGCUCUAUGUGCACUACCAGCCAACGUAUCACCAUCUUCAUAUCCACAUUGUACAUGUGGCGCUGGAGGCUGGCGCGACGCAGGCAACAGGCAAGGCGGUCGGGCUGGAGUCGAUUUUCGAGACGCUCGAGGUGAUGGACGGCGGCAACGAGGACGGUAUGGAUAGGUUGUCGAUGAGUUACACGCUUGGUGAAGCGAGUGAGCUGUGGGAG